AUGCUUGGUGCAACUUAUGAACAGGUUCACAUGGCAGCAUCUGUAAGGGGGGUUCAUAAACUUGUAUCCUCCUCCCGGAUUGAAAAACUAUUAUCCCUUUUACGUUUCAAACAGCAUCUGCCACCGUGGGUUGAGGCUGUGCGUCAUUUUAGCUUUACCGAUGAUUUCAGUGGCAGAAGAAAACAUCCUGCCGGGGAACCUGAUGAUUUUUUUAGUGAACAGUCAGAGUCAAGUUUUGAAGACAAUGGUAGCAACAGAACCCAUGAGGCAUAUAAUGUUGAACAGUGUUUGUCAGAAUCAAUUCCAAGUGGGCUUUUGAGAGGUAGGAAGCCAAUUAAUCAGCCUCCUCCACGUUUCCGAGAAUCUGGUAGAGGUUCCCAUUCCUUUCGUCCAAGAUUUGAUGACAACCGUGGUGGGUCGGAUGACAAAACAAAUAAAACUUCCAAAAUUGAUCUUGCAUUUCAGGGCAUAAAUGUGGCAGAAACAAAUAGGGAUUUUGGCCAAUCACAAGACAGUUUCCUUGAUAAAUUCAAGCUUGGUUUUGAUGAUAAAACAGUGAAUCGGUCUGAGUUUGCAGCAAGCAAGCAAUCUGAAGAAGCAAAGAGGUCAAAUCCCAAUCAUCAGGCUCAAGAGUCUGUGCCACAGGAUGCUGAUGAGAUAUUCAAGAAGAUGAAGGAGACUGGCCUUAUCCCCAAUGCUGUGGCUAUGCUUGAUGGUCUAUGUAAGGAUGGUUUAGUUCAAGAAGCGUUGAAACUUUUUGGUUUGAUGCGAGAGAAGGGAACCAUUCCAGAGAUUGUCAUAUACACAGCAGUAGUGGAGGGAUACACAAAGGCCAACAAGGCUGAUGAUGCCAAAAGAAUUUUCAGGAAAAUGCAGAGUAGUGGCAUUUCUCCCAAUGCUUUCAGUUACACAGUCCUUAUACAAGGACUCUACAAGUGUAGCAGAUUACAGGAUGCUUUUGAAUUUUGUGUGGAGAUGUUAGAAGCAGGUCAUUCUCCAAAUGUGAAAACUUUUGUAGGCCUGGUGGACGGUUUCUGCAAGGAAAAGGGGGUUGAAGAAGCUAAGGAUGCUAUCAAAACAUUAACUGAUAAGGGCUUUUCCGUUGAUGAGAAAGCUGUUAGGAAGUUUUUGGACAAGGAAAUACCAUUUUCACCCUCUGUUUGGGAAGCCAUAUUUGGGAAGAAAGCCCCACAGAGACCAUUUUAA